ACAGGCCCAGUAGAGACACUGCUGGAACAAAGGGUAUGCAACUUGAUAGCAACUUGGGUUAAAGGAGGCUAUUCUUGAUCGCCUUUCUAGUGAAUGUUAUCUGUUUUAACUUGUGGAUGGAUAGGAAUUCUAUUGAAAACCUAAGUUAUCAGAUUACCAGAGGUAAGAACACGCGGCUGUACUUGAAUCAUUCUCAAGACGUUGUUAGAUGGUGCAUCCUCUUUAGGGAGCCGGCAGGGAAAACAGGGGCCUGGCCCGCGGCUUCCCAGCUGGAGAAACUCGAUGGAAGAACUCCACCUGCAGAACGGCCCCUGCACAUCCCGGCUCCCGAGAAGGGUGCUCUGGAAUCGUGAGGAGGAGGAGAGGGAGAGGGAGCUGGGGGCGGGGCCGCUCUAGGGAUGACCCGGCAAACCAGGGCAGACUGAGCGCUCUAAAGGGGAAAUGGAAGAAUGGAAGCAGGUCUUUAAUCCCGGAGACCUGUCCCCUGGCUCCUCCCACGCUCUCAGCUGCUUCCGUUACGCUCUCCGUGAUUGGCCGGAGUUGCUCUUCUGGGCGGGCUGUAGAAAAUAUCUCCCGUGGAUUGGCUGCGGACCGUUUACUCAGCGUUCUGUCUAGCGAGAGCCGGCCUUUUGGAGGGAGAGGCCGCCUCUCAUUGGUGCCUGACCGUUUCCUUGGGGACGUGGCGCCGCGGCCGGUCGGGGCCCUUCUUCCGGCCGGGAAUCCGAUAAAAGCAUCUGGGUUGGGAGUGUUGCUACCUGGGAUGCUUUGAGUCGGCAUUCGGGCCUCCGUGCGGGGACGAGCGGCGGCGUGUGGCGGCCUGCGGAAAGGCGAGUCUCGGCACCGACGGAGGAAGCAGGCGGCGGGGAAGGGUCGCCGGUGGGCUGGUGACAGCUUCCCCAAGGAGUGGGCGUAGGAGCCGCGGAAGCCGGGCCGCGCCGACGGGGCUCUGCGGCCCAGGCCCUUCCCCUUCUGUCUUCUAUCAGGCUGGCACAGGUGGAGAUGCCCGGGACGAGGAAGCCUCCUUGUCUAGGGAAAAAGAAAAGGAGGUGACAGGGGCUGAGCCCCCCGCCCCGCCCCGAGGGAGCUCAUGGCCAGGAUUAGUUUUUCAUAUUUCUGCCCGGCUUCCUGGUAUUUUACUGUGCCUACAGUGAGUCCAUUUGCACGUCAGCGGGUAGCCUUUCUGGGACUUUUCCUCAUAUCCUGCCUCCUUCUACUUAUGGUUUUAAUGGACUUUCGACAUUGGGGCUCUACCUCACCUCAAGAUAGACAGUAUGAAAGGUAUUUAGCUCGAGUAGGAGAACUGGAAGCUACAAAUACUGAAGACCUAACUCUGAAUUAUGGCCUUGUGGUUGACUGUGGCAGCAGUGGCUCCAGAAUUUUUGUUUAUUUCUGGCCACGUCAUAAUGGGAACCCACAUGAUUUGCUGGAUAUCAAACAGAUGAGAGAUCGCAACAGCCAACCAGUGGUUAAAAAAAUAAAACCAGGGAUUUCUGCAAUGGCAGAAACUCCAGAACAUGCCAGUGAUUACCUUCGCCCUUUGCUGAGUUUUGCUGCUGCUCAUGUGCCUGUGAAGAAACACAAGGAGACACCGCUUUAUAUCCUUUGCACAGCCGGCAUGAGACUUCUUCCUGAGAGCAAGCAGUUAGCAAUUCUGGCUGACCUAGUGAAAGAUUUGCCCUUGGAGUUUGACUUCCUCUUUUCACACUCUCAAGCAGAAGUAAUCUCUGGAAAACAAGAAGGUGUUUAUGCAUGGAUUGGGAUCAACUUUGUGUUAGGAAGAUUUGACCAUGAAGAUGAUACAGAAGCCCUGGGUCCCCAGGAGUCGGUGGCUGAACGUAGGAGAACAGUAGGGAUACUAGAUAUGGGAGGAGCUUCUCUCCAAAUUGCCUAUGAGGUUCCCACCUCUCCUACUUUCCUUCCUCCAGAACAGGAAGAAGCUGCUAAAGUUCUGCUAGCUGAAUUCAAUUUGGGCUGUGAUGUACAGCAUACAGAGCAUGUCUACAGGGUCUAUGUUACCACCUUUCUAGGUUUUGGGGGCAACUUUGCUCGACAACGCUAUGAAGAUAUGGUGCUGAAUGAAACCUUUACCAAAAAUAGGUUGUUGGGCCAACAGACGGGUCUGACCCCAGAAACUCCCUUCCUGGAUCCUUGCCUACCUGUAGGCCUGGAGGAUGUGGUGGAGAGGAACAGCGGGGUCCUGCACAUCCGAGGCAGAGGGGAUUGGCUUGCAUGUGGGGAAAUGCUGCAGCCGCUGCUCUCCCGGGCCAAUGCCAGCCAGGCCUCUCUGAACGGUGUCUACCAGUCCCCAAUCGACUUCAGCAACAGCGAGUUCUAUGGCUUCUCAGAGUUCUUUUACUGCACAGAAGAUGUAUUGCGCAUUGGUGGUCGCUAUCAUGGUCCAACCUUUGCCAAGGCUGCUCAGGACUACUGCGGCAUGGCCUGGCCUGUGCUAACUCAGAGAUUCAAGAAUGGCCUCUUCUCAUCACAUGCAGACCAACACCGACUUAAAUAUCAGUGUUUUAAGUCAGCCUGGAUGUACCAAGUCCUCCAUGAAGGAUUCCACUUCCCAUAUGAUUACCCAAACCUGCAAACUGCCCAGUUGGUGUAUGACCGGGAGGUGCAGUGGACCUUAGGAGCCAUUUUGUAUAAGACACGUUUCCUCCCCCUCAGGGAUCUACGACAGGAGGGCGUCCGGCAGGUCCACGGUAGCUGGCUGCGUCUCUCCUUUGUGUACAACCACUACCUUUUUUUUGCCUGCAUCCUGGUGGUGCUGCUGGCUAUCGUUCUGUACGUUCUGCGGCUACGCCGAAUUCACCGUCGCCAAGCCGGAGCCUCUGCCCCCUUGGACCUGCUGUGGAUAGAAGAGGUGGUACCCAUAAUCGGGGUGCAGGUGGAACCGUGAUGUCUGCUCCGGGACCAAAGCAUCUCGAGAACCAGAGGACAGAAGCUCAGGAGGCCCUGGCCCCAUCCUGAGACUGCUUUGAUAAUCUGUGGGGCUCUUAGUGUUGUGUUCUCGCCCUUCCUUCUCAAGACCAGCUAUCCAAGAGAAGCCAUAACCUGAUCUGUGAAGUGAUGCAGCUGAGACCCUCUGAUCUAACAUGGGGCCCUCAGCAGCACCUGCCUAAUGCCCACGGGGCGUGCUUCUGCCCCUUUAUCAGGGAGGGUUUGGUAUUGGGGGAAGGGUAUUCUUGAGCUGUCCCCAGCUUUCACUCCAUUAGAUAAAGAAAGGAGUGUGGUAUUCAGCAAGAGAAUACUGGCUCUGAGGCAUCUGAUACCAAGCCUAGUAUAUUUUAGGAAAUAUGGCAGUCUUUUCUUUCUCUGUAACAGAGAAAUCUCAUAUGUGGAGAUCCACAGCUUUUAUUAAUGAUCCAAGGAUCUUUUGGGACCAGCAGAACUCAAGAGGCAACUGAAAUAAUGCCAAUGGAUUCCAUUUUUUCUUGGCAGUGCAGCUCUCAUGGGGUAGUCUAAGCCUCUGGCCUAGGCUUGCUGCUAACUUGACUGAAAUGAGAUGUGUCUGUUCAAAGGAAUCCAUUGAACUCUCUUGUAUUUCCUGUCUGCUUGGCAUGAAUCCAUUUUUUCCAUAUCAAUUUCAGAAAAGGCUAAAUCUAGGCAUUAUUUUUGCUUCUCGAGCCUUAAGGAUGUUUGUAGGACUGUAGGACAGCAGGAUCCUCCGGUUUUUGGUUUUUUGUUUGUUUGUUUUAAAUUAGGAUUCCUAUCCCCAUGCCCGUUUUAUCUGAGCCUCUGUGUUUGGAUUCUAAGUUGCCAUUUCAUUUCACUGCCAAGAUGUACAGUAUUGGAAGGGAUGUGUUUGUGUAGAAAGGAAUAGAAAUACCAGGAUUUGGGAAAAAAGGGCAAUAAAAGAAAAAAAUUUAAAUUAAUAGUUUUUGUCUUCAGGAAUUUCUGGAGAAAGCAGAGUUCCAGGUAGGAAAUAUUCUGAUCUAGCUAGUUUGGUAAUUGUAAAAAGCAUUCCCCCUCCCUCAAACUCCCUUAACAUUUCAUUGAGUUAAAGAGAGGAAAAAAAGGUAACAAUAAUUAGACUGUUUAGAUCUAGACUGUUAGAUCCAAAAGGGCUGACCUUUAUGGCAUUUUGUGGAACAAUCACUGUUUCAUCCACUCUGCUUCAGUACCUUUGGUUUUCUUGUUCUUGCAAUAAUCUUUGAUGAUUUUUUCCUCUCCAUUUUUAUGAAACUUUUUUUUUAACUUUUGAUUUUCCUCUCAUAGGCUACUCUGGUUUUCCCUUUACAUAAUUUUUCUUUUAGUCCCCCUUUCACUAAUUAAACAGCCCUUUUGGUGGUUACAAGGUAGAAAUACAAGUAACUGUUUGGUGAGAAUUGAAAUAUGAAAGGAUUCCAGCCAGGUCUCAAAAACUUAUUUUGGAAUUAUUAGGGAAGGGCAAUUUAAUAUUUAAAGUGAAUAUUUCCUUCAAGGGAAUAUUAAAUGAAUGGAAUAUGGGGAUUCUAUAGCUUUCUUUGAAAAAUGUUUCCUAUGCUACAUUAGACUGUUAUGAUUAUUUUAUUCCAAUUCCAUCUUUUUUUUCCCCUGCUUUCAUAUUUUAAAGUAAAAAUAUAUUUGGUUGAUAUUUUAAAAUGUAUAAAUGUGUUCAGGGGGUAGGGCGGUGAUUGGCACCAAUCCAGUUCCAUUUUUUUUUCUGCCUUGGCCUCCAAAUGUUAGGAACAUUGCCUUUAAGAAGGCUGAAAACUAAACAAAAGCUUUCCAAUCAACUGCCAAUAAAUCACAUUCAGUGUAGAAAAUAUUUGGGGGUGAAGGGUGCAGAAAGGAGAAAAACUCUUAACUACAUGAAAGCACUUAUUUGUAGUUAAUAUGCUUCACUGUGAUUAUUACUUAAGUUAAAUGUUUUUUAUUGUUAUUUUUGUGUAAAUUAGGCUAUAUAUUACUGAUUUAUUGGAAAUGGUUUUGGAUUUUUUUUUUUUUGGUAAGUUUUUUAAUUACAAGGUCUGGGACCAAUUAUAUUUUCAGUCUCAAGUAAGUUAUUACCUUUAAAUUGUGUGAAAACAUGGAAGAUAUCCAAAUGUUAUAUCUUAAAAUGACCAAAAAUACUUAAUAUUUGUUAUUGGCAUUUUAUCUUGUAUUACAUUCCUUUGUUUCUUCUAUUGACCCUUUGUCAGCUUCCAAAUGACGUCUUUUUAGAAUCACAUAAAAAACAUUACUUCCCUGACAAUAUAAGAGCUAUGUUAGUUUUUUAGGACUUGUUCAUAAUUGCUGUUUGAAGAGUUCAGUUUAGCUUUCACCAUCUUUCCUCCAACCCCAAUCUUUCGGUUUUUCUGCAUUUUUCUUCUACUUGGGUAUCGAGUAUCCAUAAUUGGAAUUUUUCUCCCCAUGAAGAGAGAGAGCUUCAUCAAACUCAAAUGUUUUUUCACUUGCAAAUUUUAAUAUGAUCUUUGCCAUUACUGAUUCAGGUCAAAUCCCAUUAUAGUAAAUCUUACUGUAACAAAUCUGGUAAUGGCAUUUUCCUGAUUGCAGAACAAGAGUUUUAUUUUGAAUAACUGAAUGCGCUAUAUCCUUUUGUUUUCAACCUUUGUCUACAUAUUCAUUAUUUAGUACUAUAAAAUUGGUAAAGCAGGAAAAAAGUGAACAUUCAAUAGGGUGCAGACUCAAGUAGUUAACUGUUAACUCCUCAUAAAUUUCCUUACUUCUAACUCUGCUUUUGGGCUGACAAAAGGAUUUUUCAAAGAUCUAAAAUAUUUUAGAUCUGCUUGCUUUAGUGUCCUCUUAUAGUGUUUCAACUUAUUCCAACCCUCCCUUUAUUCUAAUUUACUUUGAGUUCUUGGGAAGUGUUUCUCAAAGUGUGGCUCAUUAAAUGCUCUGAGGAUACAGAGUGGAUCUCUGUGAUUUCAUUUUUAUGGUGAAUCCUUGGGGAAAGAAACUUCUCUCUUCCAAUGCAGUUUAGCACUUUGUGACUCAGAGAGCACCAAGAGAUUUAGUCAUUUGGCCAGGGUCUCUCAGCCAUCAUGAACCUAGGUCCUGUGGUGGGCCUGGAUUAAUACCAGUGGAAAAGGAUGACGCAUGAGGGAAGAGCUGCUUUGCUUCUUUUAGAUACUAGUUCCUCAAAUUGAUGGUGAAGACUUCAUCUAACAGUAAUCUUUGCUGUAGAAUAAAAUGUAUUGACAUGCCAUUAUU